UUAACCCAACGGCUGGUGUCAAAAGAAACCUAACGGCUCGUGAGAUUUCAAUUUCAAAACUUUUGAAUUUUCACCAUCGCAUCGCAUCUCUUCAAUUUUCAUUUCCCUCUGCAACUCUCACUUCCAGCGAUUCAUUUUCCAAUUUUCAUCAUCACCACCACCACCACCAUGUCUCUUCCCCCCGAAAUCGACGAUUUCAUCAAACAAUCCAUCGACCACUCAUUAGGUCUCCCCAUCUCCUCCCAAACCCUCGACAUCAAGCUUCGCGCCUCCAAAGAAUCCGAACAAAAUCUCCGCGAUCAGAACACUUCACUCCUUCAAAAACUAAAAGAAAGAGACGAACUCAUUGAACAAUCCAAGUAUGAAGCGUGUGUGAAUGCGUUGGCGAUAAAGAAGUUUGUUGAGGAGAAUCAGAAAUUGGCGGCGGAGUGUGAGAAUCUGUUGGGGCAUUGUAGAAAACUGGAGAAGGAAUGUGCGUUGUAUGAUAAUGAUAGAGAAGCGUUGAUUGAUUUUCAGAAUGAAGCUGAAGAACGAGCGAGGGAGGCGUGUUUGCGAGCUGAGGAAUUGGAACGUGAUUUGGUUUUGUAUCAAUUGGAGUUGAAGAAAUGUCGCCAUGAGAAUGAAUCGGUUGACUCUUCGGCAAGCACACAUGGGGAUGAGAGUUUGCUUGACUCUCUUUUGGCAACAGUUACUACUAAAGAUGAGUCUUCUACAUAUGAAUUCUUGGUUGCAAAUAGUGAAAAUGAGCAUUGUAAAAAGCUGCUGUCAAUGUGGAGCGGCUUAAAACAAUCAACUCGGAGAGUAUUGUCUCUUGUUGCUGAAUUGAUGUCUCUAGAAAAGGACAAAGAGCAUCUAAGGGUUAACCUCGACAGAGCUGAAGAGGAGGGUAAACUACUAUCUGUUGAAAAUGGCAUAUUGGAAAAGGAGAACAGAAGGUUAGUGAUGAAAUACAAGGAAAGGAGUCAUACAGAAUCUGGUGGGAAGCUUACCAAUAGUUCAUCUGCGAAGUCAAACAAGAGAAAGUCCAGUUCCAAGACAAGUAGCUCGAUGGCGAAGAAGGUUGAUUUUGAUGAUUUAGAUUCAGUGUCACCUAGACAAGCUUUGUCACCCUUGCAAAGUAACUCUGUACAUGUCGUCACCACCAUUGUCUAGAUUCAUCUUCCUUUAACCAGACAACUGUUUUGAUGAUCUUUCAAAGUGAUCUAUAUGUAGUUUGGCACAGUUACUAUAUUUUUCAUUUGCUGAAGUUGGUUUUGAUUCUUAAAACCAUGAAAAAACAGUGGGUGUUAUGUGCCUGAAUAGUUAUGCAGUGCAGGGUACGGUUUUACGAGUAAA